CAAUACUGAAUAAUACACUCGUUACUUCCCAUCACACACACCCACACACAACUAGGAAGAAAGACACUUCUCUUUCUUUCUUUGUUUAUUUCUAUUCUCUUCUUCUUCUUCUUAAUUAAGGGCUAGAGCUAGCUUAGUAAUGGCAGAAAGAGUAGUGUUAGUGCAGAUCUUGGCCGUUUGUUUGGUCAGCUUUUUGCUGUUUGGGACACCAGUUUGGGCCAGUAGUCAUGGAUUACCAAAGAAAGGAAAAGAAGACGAAAAUGAAGAAGAAGAAGAAGAAGCUGAUCGAAUUAAGGCCCUUCCUGGUCAGCCAAAGGUCAAUUUUGAGCAGUUUUCAGGGUAUGUGACCGUUAAUCGAGUGGCUGGUAGAGCACUCUUUUACUGGCUCACUGAGGCUGUUCAUAAACCCUUGUCUAAACCUCUCGUGAUUUGGCUCAAUGGAGGACCGGGUUGCUCAUCUGUGGCAUAUGGUGCAUCUGAGGAAAUAGGGCCAUUUAGAAUAAACAAAACUGCCUCAGGACUGAACCUAAACAAGUUUUCAUGGAACACCGUGGCCAACCUCUUGUUCUUGGAAACUCCGGCCGGCGUUGGCUUCUCUUACAGCAACCGCUCCUCCGAUCUCUUCGACUCCGGCGACCGCCGCACCGCAAAGGACUCACUACAAUUCCUUAUCCGAUGGCUGGAACGAUUUCCACGAUAUAAGGGGAGAGAAGUAUAUCUGACCGGAGAAAGCUACGCCGGUCAUUAUGUGCCUCAAUUAGCUAGAGAAAUUAUGGUGCACAACAAACAGUCCAAGCACCCAAUUAAUCUUAGAGGAAUCAUGGUGGGGAAUGCAGUGACAGACAACUACUAUGAUAACGUAGGGACAGUGACAUAUUGGUGGAGCCAUGCGAUGAUAUCUGAUAAAACCUACAAACAGUUGAUCAACACGUGUGACUUUCGCCGACAAAAGGAGACAGACGAGUGUGAAUCUUUGUAUAGUUACGCCAUGGAUAAGGAGUUUGGUAACAUUGACCAGUACAACAUUUAUGCUCCGCCUUGUAAUAACUCCGACGGCACCGCCACCGCCACCACCACUCGCCAAUCCACUAUGCGUUUGCCUCAUCGACCUCAUCAUUCCAUUAAGUUUCGGCGGGAGUUAUCUGGCUACGAUCCCUGUACGGAGAAGUAUGCUGAAAUUUACUACAACAGGCCUGAUGUGCAGAGGGCACUUCAUGCUAACUUUACAAGAAUUCCUUAUAAAUGGACUGCUUGCAGUGAGGUUUUGAAUAGGAAUUGGAACGACACCGAAGUGUCUGUUCUUCCUAUUUACAAAGAAAUGAUAGCUGCUGGUUUGAGAGUUUGGGUAUUCAGUGGGGACGUGGAUUCAGUGGUGCCAGUUACAGCCACAAGGUUCUCCCUAGCACGACUCAAAUUAUCUACCAAAAUUCCAUGGUACCCUUGGUAUGUCAAGAAGCAGGUGGGAGGGUGGACAGAAGUAUAUGAAGGGUUGACAUUUGCAACUGUGAGAGGAGCUGGCCAUGAAGUUCCACUUUUCAAGCCAAGAGCAGCUCUUCAGCUUUUUAGAUCAUUUAUUGAAGGGAAACCCCUUCCCAAGUAGUUGUAGUAAAACCAAACCAAACUAUUAAUUAAUGAAGAAAAUUCAAACAUUUCAUUACUAAUUAAUUAAUUUCUUCUGAACUAAUUAAUUGAUCAAUUGUUAUUUAUAUAUAAGUAGGGAAAUAGAGAGAAGAAGAGCAGAAGUGAAAUGUGGAAGAGAUGAUCAUCUAGAGUUGUGUAAUAGAAAAGGCCAUCAAUAUUUGAAUUAAGCAAGAAGGGUUUUGUUUGCAGCAACUUUUACACACAUAAAUAUGUUUAUAUGCAUCCAUUUAUUUGAGUUUUUGUCCAAUCUUUACAAGUA